ACCGCCAACCAGGUGGGUGAAGCCAAAAGAAGUACAAGAUGGCGGACUGAGCGUCUGUGGCUUGGAAGUUUAACAUUUAGGAUGGAACAGCUUUAUAGAUUCACAGCUAAUGUCGCAACAGACACCUUAAAGAGGUUUCAUUAAGUUAGGUUCGGAUCGAAAGAGUUAUCUGAAGUGAAGAUUGAAGACUUGAUAGAAGAUGGACGGCUCCUGCUUUGCUAAAAUGACGUCCGCCAAAAGAGAAAGUGAAAGAGAAUCACCAACGGAGGAAAAGACGAAAACUGCAGAUACAGAGAUCCAGAAGCUGAUUGGUCAUCCAGAAAAACUUCACAAUCAUCUGCAGUUGGGGAGCUCCACUUUGAAGCAGACUCCACAGCGCCCCCACAUUAAAGAGGAAGAGGAGGAACUCUGGAUCCCUCAGGAGGGGGAGUGUCUUCUGCGGCCGGAGGAAACAGAUCUCACCGACUUGCCACUGACUGUUGUCUCUGUGAAGACCGAAGACGAUGAAGAAAAAAACCCUAAAUCUUUUCGUCAGUUGGGUCCUGAAGACUUCCGGCAGAUGAUUGGUCAUCCGGAAGAACUUCCUCCUCAGCCUCAGGGGAGGAGCUCCACUUUGAAGCAGGAGGAUCCACAUCCCCCCCACAUUAAAAAGGAAGAGGAGGCAGAUUGUCUUCUCGGGCUGGCGGAAGCUGAUCUCGCCAAGUUACCACUGACUGUUGUAACUGUGAAGACCGAAGAUGAUGAUGAAGAAAAAUCACAAGCAGACAACCUCUUGAGCAGCGAUACGGACUGUGAAGGUGAUAUGAGGACUCACACUGACAACAAACACUCAGAAUGUUCUAUUGAGAAGACCCUUAAAGAAGGUUUGACUUGCUUAGUUUGUGCUAAAGGUUUUUCUCAUAAGGGGAACUUGAAUCAACACAUGAAAACACACACAAUGCAAACCGUAUGCUGUUCAGUUUGUGGUAAAAGCUUCACUCAAAAUAAGUAUUUAUCCAAACACAUGCAAACACACACAGGAGAGAAACUUUUUGAUUGUUCAGUUUGUGCUAAACGAUUUUCUCUAAAGAGGUAUUUGACUGAACACAUGAAAACACACGUGCAAGAUAAAGCCUUUUGUUGCACGGUUUGUGGUAAAAGCUUUUACUCCAAACUAGGUUUGAGUCGACACACAAUGAAACACACGGGUGAAAAAACAUUUAUUUGUUCAGUUUGUGGUAAGAGUUUCUACACCAAAUCCAAUCUCGUAAGACACGAGCGAUCGCACACCGGAGAAAAACCAUUCCGUUGUUCAGUGUGCGGUAAAAACUUUUCCGUCAAGAGCCAUCUCAGUGGCCACAUGAGAACUCACACGGGAGAAAAACCCUUCAGUUGUUCUAUUUGUAGCAAAAGCUUUUUUUACAGACACCGUUUGACUGAACACCACAUGAAGCACACGGGAGAAAAACCCUUUAGCUGCGCAGUUUGUGGGAAAAAAUUCAUCCAGAAGGUGGAUAUAAGAAGACACAUGAGAACGCACACGGGAGAAAGACCUUUUUGCUGCGCAGUUUGUGAUAAAAGAUUUGCGCAGAAGGUAACUAUGAAAACACACAUGAAAACGCACACGGGAGGAAAAAACUAGUUGUCUAAUUUACAUGAUUUUGAAUGCAACUGCCAAACACAUAUGACGCACAGAAGAAAAUCCUUAACACAGGAUUUUAUUACAAACAAGGCAGAUCACAGGGAUCUCAUUACAAUGUUUACUUGAUUGAAAAAGUUAUUUGUGUAGGAAUAGACCGCGAGCACACGUUUGGACACACAGUUUGUGCUAAAAGUGUAGUGUCACAUAUGAGAAGGCACUUAAAGUGAUGGUAUGAUACUAUAUUCCAUGGUACCAACACGCAACAACAACAUAGAUGAUGGCGUAUUCCUCCCUUUUGGAUUAUAGAAGUUUGCGUCAACAAACAUGAACUUGUGUUUGUGUUGUGACAACGUUGUGGAAUAGCGCUUUACAUGCACACAUAAGAAUGAUCAUUUAUUGGUCUUGUCUUUAACAGAUACGCCUAAUCAGAGGAUUCGCAUGUUCUUAUUAACAUUACCAAAAGAACAUAUUUUGUCCCCUAUUAAGGGAAGAAUGGGGAAAGGAAGUGGCUUAGUUUUGGCGCAUACGCAUCUGGGUACUUUGGUGCGAAAGAUGGCGGACUGAGCGGCAGUAGCUUCCUGUAGAGGUUUUGUCAGGUUCAAACACUGAUGACCUCUAUUAAACAAGACAAGAAGCAAGGAAUUAAACAGAGACAGAAUUCAAUUCAGCUCAAUUGAGAAGAAACGCGUAGACACUGUACAGUGAAAGAUUGUUCGCAUCCUCUUUUAGUUGGACUUUCCCUGAUUACAUGGCAACAGCUGUUUCUAAGGGAGGGGGGUCGUAAAUAGCCAUGGCCGUUGGUUACAAAACAGUUCAAAGAAAAGGUCGUAAAAAAAGAUCAAAGAAAAGGUGCCGGGAGGGAGGUGAGGCUCUGCCUCCUCUCCACUCUGUAGCUCUCGGGUCAAGACAAAAUCUUCCUCUGGAUUACAAUACAUGAAAGAAACUGACGCCUUCAUGUCGCUUCCCAUCCUACACAGUAGAGUUUUCCAAGCCUUUUGUUUUGUGAUAACUUAGAUACAAUUAUUCUGACAGAUUUAACAAUAAAACAGCAGUAUGGAUUCACAACAAAUAUUGCUGUAGAUAUCUCAAAGAUUAAUAUUUUGUUACGCACAAAAAGCUGAAGUUGAGUUUGGAGCGAUGGAGUGUUAUCCGAAGUGAAGAUUGAAGCCUUGACAAAACAAGGACAACUACUGCGAUCAGCUAUUCAUUUGCUAUUCAUCCUCACAUGAAUGUCUGUUUGACGUCCACAAGAGUUAAAGGGGACCUGUUGCUUGUAUUUCCACACCUGGCUUCUUCCCGGAAGUGAAAAACAGCGGUGGUCGACCAAGCUAAGACGGCUGUUGUACAAAAAUAUCUGAGUACGCAAGGGGCCUAGAUCUUCCUGCAAAAAAAGCAGAUACGAGCAAAAAAAUCUAUGCAAUCUGUGGUCCAUGUACCACUAGUGUUAGGCCAAAGAAUCACUUGAUUAGAACACAGUGUUUAAUUUACAGUCAGUGUUACUGUUCAAACUGUGUUUACUGUUAGAGUGGCCCAAAAUAUUAAAAAUACUUGUGAAAUAAAA